AUGGAGGUUCUUCCAGAAGAGAACGAAGGUGAAGGCCCUGGACACCCUCGCGUCUCGCAUCGUACCCGUUGCCAGUCCGAGAGGGCCGGUCGGCUACGGCAACUGGAGCCGGUCGCAGGGCGUCUCCAGCCGCGCACCGGGACCAGUGAAGGCGUUAAGGAAGCACUCGCUCGCCUCGCCAGUGUCGUGCUCGUGGACGAGUUCCGCACGAGCAAGCUGUGCUCUCGAUGCUAUCAACCCUUGACGGAACCCUACCUUCCAACACGGAAGAACGGCAGCUUCGCAGCUACUAUCAAGAGGACCAAGAACGUCUUGUGCUACUUCCGCAGUCAAUGCGAGACGUUCAUCUGGGACCGUGACGUCAACGCUGCGCACAACAUCAUGACACUACCCAAGGAUCGCUUCAACGGACAUCCUAGACGAUCAGAGUUUGCACGCGGAGUCUAG